AUGAGCUUCACCAAGCUCGUCUCGGCCCUCGCCCUCGGCCUCCCCGCCGUCCAAGCCGCCGUCCCCUCCAUCCCCGGCUUCAGCCUCACCUGGAGCGACGACUUCGUCGGCUCCGCCAACAGCCUGCCCAACCCCAACAACUGGAUCGUCGACACGGGCACCUCGUACCCCGGCGGCCCCGCCAACUGGGGCACCGGCGAGAUCCAGACCUACACCAGCAGCGUCAACAACCUCCGCCUCAACGGCAACGGCGCCCUGCAGAUCACCGCCCUCAAGAGCGCCUCGGGCGCCUGGACCUCCGCCCGCAUCGAGUCCCAGCGCGGCGACUUCGUGGCCCGCCCCGGCGGCCGCAUGCGCAUCCAGGCCAGCCUCAACCUACCCGUCGUCGGCAGCAACGGCAUCGGCUACUGGCCCGCCUUCUGGACCCUCGGCACCGCCUACCGCGGCAACUACUGGAACUGGCCCUCCAUCGGCGAGUUCGACAUCAUGGAGAACGUCAACGGCAUCGACCGCGUCUGGGGCGUCAUGCACUGCGGCGUCAACCCCGGCGGCCCCUGCAAGGAGACGGACGGCCUCGUGGGCAGCCGGCAGUGCCCCAACAGCCCGUGCCAGGGCAACUUCCACACCUACACCCUCGAGGUCGACCGCACCCAGGAGCUCGAGGCCGUGAGGUGGUUCGUCGACGGCAUCCUCUUCUGGCAGGUCGUCGAGACGGACCUCCCCGCCGACGUCUGGAACCAGGCCGUCCACUCGCCGCACUUCAUCCUGCUCAACCUCGCCAUCGGCGGCGCGUUCCCCAACAACAACCUGGGAAGCAGCACGCCGCUCGCGAGCACCGUCUCCGGGGGUACCCUGCAGGCUGAGUACAUUGCUGUGUACAACGCCUGA